CUAACCCAUGCCAUUGACCAUACAACCCUCUCACGACUCCAGUGUGUAUUAAAACAAAUCUGCGACUCCUCCCCUGCAGCAGCAACUCUUGUCGAAGAACAACUUUUAGCCCCGCCAACCGCCAUCGUCGACCUCACAGACGAUAACACCGACUCAGCACCAAUUGAAUCAAACACUGGUGCNAAAAGGCAACGCUACGCCAUGUGCGAAAACUGCAAAGAAGAAUUCGACGUCACUGACAAUGACGAAGAUAGUUGUCAAUACCAUGAUGUACCUGGAAUGACUGGGAUCAAAGAUGUCAUGGAACAAUCGACACUCGCCUUUUCGAAACUUAUCCCGAAGGCUUUGUGUGGGAAUGCUGUAACUAGAGUGGAGAUGCAGAGGGCUGUACCACUGCAGCCCAUGAGA